AUGCAGCAGCUGCUGUGGCAACAGCAGCUGAGGGACUGCUUUGGUCCCCACCUGCUGCCACCCCUUGGGGUCCAGCGGGGCCAGGGAGGGCUGAUCCCUGCCCAACUGGCCACAGGCACCCUGUCCUGGCCCUGGCCCCUCACCUGCCUUCCCUCCUGCCACCCUGGGGCACCUGGUGCCGCCUACCAGACAUUGCUGUGGCUGGAUGUCUGCGAGGCCUGGCUGGGCUUUGGCCCAGGCUAUGGAGACAGAGUCCAAGGGGUAAUUGUGAACAUGAGCCGUCAGCGUUUCUCCCUCUUUGCAGGACCUUCCAUUGUGACCCCUCCUAAGGACAUCUGGAACGUGACGGGAGCACAGAUCUACCUGAGCUGUGAAGUCAUAGGCAUCCCAACCCCCGUCCUCAUCUGGAACAAAAUAAUUCGAGGACAGUAUGGUGUCCAGAGGAUGGAGCUUCUGCCUGGGGACCGAGAGAACCUGGCUAUCCAGACCCGAGGGGGCCCUGAGAAACACGAAGUGACUGGUUGGGUCCUGAUAUCUCCUCUGAGCAAAGAAGAUGCUGGAGAGUACGAGUGUCAUGCAUCAAAUGCCAAAGGAGAAGCAACAGCUUCUGCAAAAAUCCACGUUGUGGAAACCCUGCAUGAAAUAGCCUUGACCAAAGAUGAUGGUGCAGAGCUGUGAUGUGAGGACUUUCACUUACGCAUCGUUUUAAGUUAGUAUUUUGGAAAGCUGCAACCUCUGACUUUUUCUAGCCCACUGAUCAGUUCCUUCUUACCGUCAUUAUCCCCUGAAUACAGAUUUGCUUGCACACUUUUUUGCAGAUAUACAAAUAAACAGAUUCACAAGUAUGAUUACAAAUUUUAAUUAUAUUUACAGGAAAUAAACAUACAAUACUUUUGAGCAGUAGACAGCAGAUGCGUAAAAUUGUAUUUUGAAUACAACCUACACAAAAUGAAACACAACCUGAGCACUUCAGUCUCACCAUUUAAAAAAAUCCUUUUAAAGGCUAAACACUCAUCAUUCGAGGUGCGAUACUCAUAGACAUCAGUUCUUGGAAAAGGAGCUUGCAGGCAUAGGGCAUUCGAACCAAAGAGAUCUGGAAAUACAUUUCAAAAGACUUGUGAUAAGCACUUCUAAAGCAUGAACUUCCACUUUUCAGAUCUAGCUUUAAGCCAAAAACUUGACGUUAGGUAUUGAAUCACUUAAUGAGAAGUGCUCAAAGGCAUUAACAAAGCAAGAGGGAGGCCAAGAUAGUCUAUAGAGGCUACACAACAGUUAUUCAGAAUUCAUUUUUAGUGGUAAAACCUGCAGCCAGGAGAUCAGAUCUUAAACAAAAGCCAUUUAACAAGGGAAUAAGUGCAUAGGAAAGUAUGUCGGGUAUGCGUUAAAUGCAGUUAGGAUUUCCUGCAUACAUCUCUUCAGUAGCCCAAAGCCAUUGUUAGAAUUGCUAGUCAGUCCCCAGCACAAGAACAGGAUUGUUCAAGAUAGCUAUUUUAAUCUGUGCUGCCACACCCUUGACACAGCUCUGUAACCAAGCACACACUAUAGAGCUAAAUUUAAAAAAAAAAAAAAAAAAAACCA